UGGGAGCGGGGGGGGCGGGGCGCGGGGCGGGGCGCCCAUUGGUCGGCUUCUGCGAUGGAGGCGCCCGACGGAGACGGGCCGGACGGAGACCGAGCCGCGCCCCGCUCGCCCCGCGGCUGCCCGGCCGUCCCCGCGCCCACCCGCCUGCGGGCCUUCCUCUGGUGCCGGGAGUUCCUGGCCGGGGCCUGGCGCCGCCUGGCCGCCCCCGAGCAGCUGGGCAUCGUCCCCGUCAGUGGAGGGCUGAGCAACCUGCUGUACAAAUGCUCCCUGCCGGAGCACAUCCCGACCGCCCAGGAGGAGCCACGCCAGGUCCUGCUUCGCGUCUAUGGCGUCAUCCUUCAGGGGGUCGACUCGCUGGUUCUUGAGAGCGUCAUGUUCGCCAUCCUGGCCGAGCGGGCCCUGGGACCACGGCUGUAUGGCAUCUUCCCGCAGGGGCGCCUGGAGGAAUACAUUCCGAGCCGUCGCCUGGUCACGGAGGACCUGCCGGAGCCCAGCAUCUCGGGGGAGAUCGCAGUGAAGAUGGCCCGCUUCCACGGCAUGGUGAUGCCCUUCAACAAAGAGCCCAAGUGGAUGUUUGGCACCAUGGAGAGGUACCUGAAGCAGAUCUCCGAGCUCACCUUUUCCCAGGAGGCCCAGCGACACAAGCUUAACCGGCUCAAGGCCUACAACCUGGAGGCCGAAAUGCACAGCCUCAGGAUGCUGCUGGAAGCCACGCAGUCCCCUGUGGUUUUCUGCCACAAUGACGUGCAGGAAGGGAACAUCCUCCUCCUGGCUGGCCGCCAAGCCUCCUCCACGGACCGGCUGAUGCUCAUCGAUUUCGAGUACAGCAGCUACAACUACCGGGGCUUCGACAUCGCCAAUCACUUCUGCGAGUGGGUCUACAGCUACGCCCACGACGAGUGGCCUUUCUACAAAGCCAGCCCGGAGAACUACCCCAGCCCCGAGCAGCAGCUGCACUUUAUCCGGUGUUACCUGCAGGAGGCAGGUGGGAAGGCCGACCCCCCCUCGCCAGAGGAGCAGAAGCGCCUGGAGGCCAAAAUGCUUCUGGAGAUCAGCCGGUUCACCUUGGCCUCCCAUUUCUUCUGGGGCCUCUGGUCUAUCCUGCAGGCCAAGAUCUCCACCAUCGAGUUUGGCUACCUGGAAUAUGCCCAGUGCCGCUUUGAGGCCUACUUCCAGCAGAAGGCCAGGGGCGAGUGACCGUUGGCUGGCCAGUGGCCAUAAACUGGCCUGACCAGGACUGACAUAUCAGACAGCUGAAGCUGAAGGACCAAGACUGGAGGGGUGGCUGGUCAGCCUUCCUGCAAGACACACACUCUGCACAUGUGCUUUGGUGCUGUGAUGCCUGGAUUUAUUCAAUCAACCUGUUUUUUGGGGGCUCCUGUUACGCAUUGCAGGGCAAGCGGUCAACCUCCUUCUGGAUCGGGAGUGGGAGUGGGGGGGCAGUGCCUUCUUGGUUGCAGUCCAGGUUGACAGACAAGAAGGGUAUCGUGUCCACAGCCUCUCAUGCCUCAGGGCUCGAAGCUCUGCCCUCCUGCUCAACGUCUGCAUGAAACCACUGGGAUGCACCGGGUGCAAGUGAACAACCAGGCCCACCUGUGAACUUUGCACGCGUGGGUCUGGUUGCUCACACCUGAUAGUACGAGGCCCCUCGGUCGGCUGUGUUCCCAUCCUUGGUUUUGGAGGGGGCCACAUUUCCACCUUCCAGACUGGGGUGCAGCUUGUGGGGGUGGGGGGGUCAUCCUGCUACAAGACAAACCUUUGCGCUUUUCAUGCUGUGCGCCAGUUGCACCCUCUGCCUUCCCUUCAGACAGUCACUCAUGCCCUGCUCACCUCAGUUAGAUUACUGCAAUGCACUGUACGUAGGGCUGCCCUCAAAGACCACCCAGAAGCCACAAUUGGUACAGAAAGCUGUGGUGCAGAGUGCCACGGGAGCCUCUCAUGUGCCCGUCCAUUCACCGUUGCGACGUGAGCUGUGCCAGCUGCCAGCCGGCGUCCAUUGCCUCCAAAGUCUGCAGGUCAGAGAGCUGGAGGGCUGCUUGUCUCCAGUCAUUUCUGGAGGGCAUAUCCGCCAAGCCCCCCACCCCCCAUUAAGCACUGCCACCAUGUGGGCCCAGGAAGCCUUGCUUCUCUCUUGGGGCCCCCAACCCUGCCCCAGGCUCCUCCAAAGAUAGGCGGGGGGACCCUCAGUUCCAGAAAGCAUUGAAAACUUGGCUUUGGUUCCAGGCCAUGGGGCCAUUUAUUAUACUCAGUGGACCCCGUUUUGUCCCCUUGAUUCUGUCACCGGUUUUAUUCUGGGCUAAUAAAUCAAAUGUCCCGCAUGGAGGACUCCGAAGACACAUCCACACCACACCCACACCAUGAGCUUUUCUGCUGUCCUUUCUCAGGGCAGCUCAGCCCUGAAGCACUGGAAUAGAGCUGUGGAUGGAUGCUUUGCACUCUCGGUCAGAAUAUUGUACAAAAUAAAAAAUGUUCAUUUGUAGAAA